UGACCUUUGAGUUUACCUGAAGUGACGUUCUCAGCACUACUCAUUCUGCAGAGGAUGUAUUCUGGGAUUAUGGAGGAACAUAAAUUACAUUUGGAGAGCAAAAUAAGGAUUGCCUGAUUAGAAGAUGGAUGCUUCCACUCCAGCUCACACCAGUGCUGUCCAGACUAACAUCACAGCUCAGACAGGAGGAACUGUCUGUGCUCCGGUGCUUCAUGGAAAUCUAUUUCAAGGACAAGUUGUAUUUAAUUUACAUGGAGCUCAUGAAGCUUCCAGUGCUAACCCCAGCACAGCUCAAACUGGGAGCUCUGUUGCUUGUGCUGAACUCAGUGAAGACCUGAUCGCUAAGCAAAAACAAGAACACAAAUCCAAAUUGCAAAAGAAAUUCCAGAAAAUUAAUGAAGGACUUUCCAAGCAAGGAAACAUAACACAUCUAAAUGAGAUCUACAUAGAACUGUACAUCACAGAGGGUGGGAGUGGAGAGGUCAACAAUGAACAUGAGGUAAGACAGAUUGAAAUAUCCAGGAGACAGCCAACAGAGGAGACACCCAUCAAAUGCAAUGACAUCUUCAAACCAUCACCAGAACAAGACAAAGUCAUCCGAACUGUGCUCACAAGAGGAGUAGCUGGAAUUGGAAAAACAGUCUCUGUGCAGAAGUUUAUUCUGGACUGGAUUGAUGGAACAGCAAAUCAGGAUGUCACCUUCAUAUUUCCACUUCCUUUUAGGGAGCUGAAUUUGAUGAAGGGGAAGAAGCUCAGUCUGAUCGAUCUUCUUCAAUGCCUUUUCCCAGAAACAGAAAUACUAACAUUAAUUGACUAUGUUGAAAACAAAGUCAUAUUCAUCUUAGAUGGUCUGGAUGAAUAUCGACUUCCUCUAGAUUUCCAGAACAAUGAAAGCUUGUUUGAUGUGAGAGAGUCAACCUCAGUAGAUGUCCUGCUGACAAACCUCAUCAAGGGGAAUCUGCUGCAUCCUGCUCUUCUCUGGAUAACCACUCGACCAGCAGCAGCUAAUCAGAUCCCUUCUGAGUGUGUUGACCGGGUAACAGAGAUUCGAGGGUUCAGUGAUCCACAGAAAGAGGAAUACUUCAGGAAAAGGAUCAGUGAUCAGAGCAAUGCUGAAAAAAUCAUUACACACAUACAGUCAUCAAGAAGCCUCUACAUCAUGUGCUACAUACCGGUCUUCUGCUGGAUUUCAGCCACUGUUCUAGAGAGGGUGUUGGGUGAAACAGAGAGCAGACAGAUUCCCAAGACUCUGACACAACUGUUCACACAAUUCAUGAUCUUUCAAACUAAGCAUGGGAGUCAGAAGUACCAAGGAACAUGUGUGAUUGAUCCUCACCAGACUAGAGAGAGUAUUCUGGCACUGGGGAAACUGGCUUUCCAGCAGCUACAGAAAGGCAACCUGAUCUUUUAUGAGGAAGACAUCAGAGAAUGUGGCAUUAAUGUAAGAGAAAUGUCAGUGCACUCAGGAAUGUACACACAAAUUUUCAGAGAAGAAUUUGAGCUAGAUCAAGUGUUUACCUUUGUGCAUCUGAGCAUUCAGGAAUUUCUUGCAGCUUUGUAUGCAUUUCUCUCCUUCAUCCUCAACAAUGAAAAUAUCUUGAAACAAAAAGUCACUGGAAUCCAUGGUCUUUUCAGCAAAUCUAAUAUGACAACAUUUCUCAAGAAUGCUGUGCACCAAGCCUUACAGAGUGAGAAUGGACACCUGGAUCUUUUUCUCCGUUUCCUUCUGGGGCUCUCACUGGAGACCAAUCAGACUCUCUUACGAGGCUUACUGCCACAGACAGCAACCAGUUCUCAUAGCAUGAAUGAAGUAAUCAAGUACAUCAAGAGGAAGAUAAGGGAGAAUCCAUUUCCAGAGAAAUCCAUCAACCUUUUUCACUGUCUGAAUGAACUGAAUGAUCACUCUCUAGUACAGGAAGUACAAACAUACUUAAACACAAGAGGUAAUGGUCGUCUCAAUGGAGCUAAACUUUCUUCUGCUCAGUGGUCAGCUCUGGUGUUUGUAUUACUGAACUCAGAAGAGGAGUUGGAUGAGUUUAACCUGAGAAAAUAUAACAAAUCAGAUGAAUGUCUUCUGAGACUUCUGCCAGUGGUAAAAGCAUCCAGAAAAGCAGAGUUGUGUGAGUGUAAUCUCACAGAGAAAAGCUGUGCAACUCUGGCCUCAGCUCUCAGUUCAAACUCAAAUCUGAGAAAGUUGGACUUGAGUAAGAACAACCUGAAGGACUCAGGAGUCAAGCUGCUCUCUGCUAGCCUCAAGAGUCCAGAGUGUAAACUGCAAAUACUGAGGCUGGAAAGCUGCAGCUUUACAAGUGAAGGUUGGACUGUUCUGGUUAAGGCUCUGAAAUCAAACCCCUCAUCAUACCUGAGAGAGCUGAAUCUGAACAACAAUAAACCAGGAGAGUCAGGAGUAAAGGAGCUCUCUUAUCUGCUAGAGGAUCCUCGGUGUAAACUGGAGAAACUACAACUGUAUAACUGCAGUAUUACAGAGGAAGGCUGUGUUGCUCUGGUUACAUCUCUGAAGUCAAACCCUUCACACCUGAGAGAACUGAAUCUGAACUGGAAUAAUAUAAGUGACUUAGGAGUGAAGGAACUCUCUAAUCUACUGAAGGAUCCACAAUGUCAACUGGAAAAACUUCUGCUGGAAUGCUGCAGUAUUACAGAAGCAGGCUGUGAGGCUCUGGUCAAAGCUCUAGAAUCAAACCCUUCACACCUUAGAGAGCUGAAUCUAAAGUACAAUAAACUAGGAGAGGAAGGAGACAAGAAGCUCACUGAUCUGCUGGAGGAUCCCCACUAUAAACUAAAGAAACUAUUGCUAUGUAAUACGCUGCACCUGCAAGAACUAAAUCUGGCUGGCAAUAAACUAGGACACUCAGGAGUGAAGCAGUUGUCUGAUUUACUGGAGGAUCCACGAAGCAAACUUGAAAAACUACAGUUGACUAAUUGUGAUCUCACAGAGGAAAGCUGUGCAACUCUGGCCUCAGUUCUCGGCUCAGAGUCCUCAAUUCUGAAAUAUCUGGUUCUGAGUUUGAAUCAACUGGAGGAUUCAGGAGUGAAGCUGCUCUCUGCUGGACUUGAGAAUCCACACUGUAAACUGGAAACACUGAGGCUAUUUGACUGUAAUCUGACAGAGAAAAGCUGUGCAGUUCUGGCCUCAGUUCUCAGCUCAAACGCCUCAAGAUUGAGAGCGCUGAUUCUGAGUAACAAUAAACUGCAGAAUUCAGGAGUGAAGCUGCUUUCUGCUGGACUGGAGAAUCCACACUGUAAACUGGUGCACCUGGAUCUGUGUGAGUGUAAUCUCACCGAGAAAAGCUGUGCAGUUCUGGCCUCUGCUCUCAGCUCAAAGUUCUCAAGUUUGAGAUCGCUGGAUCUGGGUUUCAACGAACUGGAGGAUUCAGGAAUGAAGCUGCUCUCUGCUGCACUGGUGAAUCCACAAUGUAAACUAGAGACACUGAGGCUGUGUAGAUGUAGUCUUACAGAGGAAAGCUGUGCAGUUCUGGCCCCAGUUCUUAUAUCAAACUCUUCAAGUCUGAGAAAACUUAACUUGAGUGCUAAUAACCUGGAUGAUUCAGGAAUUAAGCUGCUUUCUGCUGCACUGGAGCAUCAAAACUGUAAACUGGAAGGACUGCGGCUGGCAUACUGUUUUUGUACAAAGAAAGGCUGUGCUGAUCUGGUUUUAGCUUUGAAACUAAACCCCUCACAUGUGAGAGAGCUAAAUCUGGGCCACAAUAAUAUAACAGACUUAGGAGUGAAGCUGCUUUCUGUUCUACUGGAGGAUCAACACUGUAAACUGGAGAAACUGAAGCUGUGGAAUUGUAAACUCACUGAGAAAAGCUGUGCAGUUCUGGCCUCAGCUCUCAGCUCAAACUUCACAUGUCUGAGAGAGCUGGACCUGAGUAGCAAUAUGCUGCAGGAUUCAGGAGUGAAGCUGCUUUCUGUUGGACUGGAAAAUCCAUACUGUAAACUGGAGACACUGAGGCUGUGCAAAUGUAAUCUUACAGCAGAAAGCUGUGCUGUUCUGGCCUCAGCUCUCAGUUCAAACUCAGGCCUGAGAGAGCUGGACCUGAGUAAGAAUGAACUGCAGGAUUCAGGAGUGAAGCUGCUCUGUGCUGGACUGGAAAAUCCACAUUGUAAACUGGAGAAGCUAGAGUUGGAAAAGAGCAGUAUCACAGAUGAAGGCUGUGCUGCUCUGGCUUCAGCUUUGAAAUUAAACCCCUCCUAUAUGAGAGAGCUGAAUCUGGACUGGAAUGAACUAGGAGAAUCAGGAGUGAAGGAGCUCUCUGAUCUACUAGAGGAUCCACAUUGUAAACUGGAGAAACUAGAAGUAUUCAAAGAAAAGCUUAGAUGUUUUAGUCAGAAGAUGGAAAGUUUCAGUCCAGCUCAUUCAACUUCAAUCCAGAAUAUCAUCACAGCUCAGACAGGAGGAAACAUCUGUGCUCCUGUCAUUGACGGAACUACUAUUCAAGGCGCACUGACUAUUAUAACUAACAUACAUGGGGCUCAGGAAGCUUCAACUUUCAGCAGCAGCGCACUUCAGGAUGUUAACUCUGCUCUCACUGAAGAAUCAAUCACUGCAUACAAACAACACCACAAGUCCAUACUGGAGAAGAAAUACAGCAGUUUUAAAGAAAGACUCUCAUAUCAUGGAAUCUCAACAUCUCUGAAUGAGAUCUACACGGAGCUCUACAUCACAGAGGGUGGGAGUGGAGAGGUCAACAAUGAACAUGAGGUAAGACAGAUUGAAACAACAUCCAGGAGAAAAACAACACAAGAGAGACCCAUCAAAUGCAACGACAUAUUCAAACCUUUACCAGGACAAGACAAACCCAUCAGAACUGUCCUGACAAGAGGAGUUGCUGGAAUUGGAAAAACAGUCUCUGUGCAGAAGUUCAUUCUGGACUGGGCUGAAGGGAAAGCAAAUCAGGAUAUCAGUUUCAUAUUUCCACUUCCUUUUAGGGAGCUGAAUUUAAUAAAGGAGAGAAAACUUAGUCUGUUGCAACUUCUUCAUCGCUUCUUUCCAGCAACCAAGGAAUUUCCAUUAGUAAACAGUGAUGCCUACAACAUCCUGUUAAUCUUUGAUGGUCUGGAUGAAUGUCAACUUCCUCUAGAUUUCCAAGACAAUGAAAUUUUGUCUGAUGUAACAGAAUCAAGCUCAGUAGAUGUUCUGCUGACAAACCUCAUCAAUGAGAAUCUGCUUCCUUCUGCUCUCCUCUGGAUAACAUCUCGACCAGCAGCAGCCAAUCAGAUCCCUCCUGAGUGGGUUGACCAGGUAACUGAGGUACGAGGAUUCAGUGACCCACAGAAAGAGGAAUACUUCAGGAAAAGGAUCAGUGAUCAGAGUCUUGCUGAAAAAAUCAUUACACACGUAAAGUCAACAAGAAGCCUCUACAUCAUGUGCCACAUACCGGUCUUCUGUUGGAUUUCAGCCACUGUUCUAGAAAGGAUGUUGAAUGAAAACAAAAACAUCCCCAAGACUCUGACUCAAAUGUUCACAUGUUUUCUAAAUUUUCAGAUAAAACACAAAGCCAAAAAGUACCAUAAAAGAUGCGACACUGAUCUAACUAGAGAGAAUAUUUUGGCAUUAGGAAAAUUGGCUUUCCAACAGCUGGAAAGAGGAAACCUAAUCUUCUAUGAGGAUGACUUGAGAGAAUGUGGCAUUGAUGUCAAUGAAGCAUCAGUGUACUCAGGAGUGUGCACCCAGAUCUUCAGAGAGGAGUUUGUGCUCCACCUGGAGAAGGUGUUCAGCUUUGUGCAUCUGAGUGUUCAGGAAUUUCUGGCUGCUUUAUUUGCAUUUCUUUCCUUCAUCUCUGACAACAGAAAUGUGCUCCUGGAGCAAGCCACUGGAUAUUUUGGUUUUGGACAAUUGGUUAGAAGGUCACAAAUAUCAGGCUUCCUCAACUGUGCAGUGGACAAGGCUUUAAAGUGUGAGAAUGGACACCUGGACCUUUUCCUCCGCUUCCUCCUGGGCCUCUCAUUGGAGUCCAAUCAGACUCUCUUACGAGGCCUACUGCCACAGACAGCAUGUGACUCUCACAGCAAAGACGAAACAGUGAAGUACAUCAAGGAAAAAAUCAGGGAGAAUGCCUCUCCAGAGAAAUCCAUCAACCUGUUCCACUGUCUGAAUGAACUGAAUGAUCAUUCUCUUGUGCAGGAAGUACAAAUGUACCUGAACAGAAGAGGCAAUAGUCGUCUAAGUGGAGCUAAUCUCUCUCCUGCUCAGUGGUCAGCUCUGGUGUUUGUGCUAUUGAACUCAGAACAAGAGCUGGAUGAAUUUGAUUUGAAUAAAUAUGACAAAUCAGAUGAAUGUCUUCUGAGACUGCUGCCAGUGGUCAAAGCAUCCAGAAAAGUCAUGUUGUGUGAGUGUAAUCUCACAGAGAAAAGCUGUUCAGCUCUGGCUGAAGCUCUCAGCUCAAACUCCUCAGGUCUGAGAAAACUGAAUCUCAGUAACAAUAAAUUGAAGGAUUCAGGAGUGGAGCUGCUCUCUGCUGGACUGGGGAAUCCACACUGUAAACUCGAGACAUUGAGGCUGCAGCGCUGCUGGAUUAGAGAAGAAGGUUUUGCUGCUCUGGCUAAAGCUCUGAAAUCAAACCCCUCACACCUGAGGGAGUUGGAGCUGAACUACAAUUAUCCAGGAUACUUGGGAGUGAAGGAGCUCGCUGCUCUACUGGAGGAUCCACACUGUAAACUGGAAAAACUACAGCUGUCUGACUGCAAUAUUACAGAGGAAGGUUCUGUAGUUUUGCUUAAAGCUCUGAAAUCAAACCCUUCACAUCUGAGAGAGCUGAACCUGAGUGACAAUGAAGUAGGAGAAUCAGCAGCAAAGGAGCUCUCUGAUCUACUAAAAGAUCCACACUGUAAAGUAGAGAAACUAGAGCUAUGUUACUGUAAUCUUACAGGGAAAAACUGCACACCUCUGGCCUCAGCUCUCAGAUCAAAUGUCUUAAAUCUGAUUGAGUUGGACCUGAGUAACAAUGAACUGCAGGAUUCAGGGAUAAAACUGCUCUCUGAUGCUCUGAAGAAUCCACACUGUAAACUGGAGAUGCUGGGGCUAGAAGUUUGCAGUAUUACAGCGGAAGGCUGUGUUGCUCUGGCUAAAGCUUUGAAAUCAAACCCCUCCCACCUAAAAGAGUUGAAUUUGAACUACAAUAAACCAGGAGAUUCAGGAGUGAAGGAGCUUUGUUGUCUACUGAAGGAUCCACACUGCAGACUGGAAAAACUACAGCUGGACAUUUGUUGUAUCACAGAGGAAGGCUGUGUUGCUCUCACUACAGCUUUGAAAUCAAACCCUUUAUCACACCUGAGAGAACUGAAUCUGAACUACAAUAAACCAGGAGAUUCAGGAGUGAAGGAACUCUUUCAUUUUCUGGGGCAUCCAUAUUGCAAACUGCAGAAACUUCUGCUCAAUGGCUGUAAUCUCACUCAGAAAAGCUGUGCAGCUCUGGCAUCAGCACUCAACUCAAACUCCUCAACUCUGAGAGAACUGGACCUGAGUAACAAUAAACUGCAGGAUUCAGGAGUGGAGCUGCUCUCUACUGGACUGGAGAAUCCACAGUGUAAACUGGAGAUACUGAGGUUAGUUAACUGUAAUAUUACAGAGAAAGGCUGCUAUUCUCUGCUUAAAGCUCUGAAAUCAAAUCCCCCACACCUGAGACAGCUGGAUCUGAACCACAAUGAAAUAGAAGAGUCAGGAAUGAUGCUGCUCUCUGAACUACUUAAGGACCCACACUGUUACCUGGAGAAACUAAUAGAAAAAGACUGUGAAUCUCAGGCCUCAUCUCUGAAACAACUGAGAGACCUAAAUCACUACUACAAAAAAACAGAAGAAAUAGGAGUGAAGAUGAGCCCUGAUCUACUGGAGGAUCUGAACUGCAAACUGAAGAAACGGUUUUGUGUCCCUUCAAACUCAAGAGAGCUAAAUUUAAAUUUUAAAAAAGUAAGAGACUCUGGAAUAAAGCUACUGUCUAGUCACCUGGAGGAUCCACAUUGCAAAGUGGAGAAGCUACUGUUGCGUUGGUGUAGUCUCACUGGGGAAAGCUGUGCAAUUCUGGCUUCAGUUCUCAGCAUGAACUCUUUAUGUCUGAGAGAACUGGACCUGAGUAACAAUAAACUGCAGGAUUCAGGAGUGCAGCUGCUCUCUGUUGGACUGGAAAAUCCACACUGUAAGCUGGCGAUACUGAGUAUGUGUGGUUGUAAUCUCACAGAAAAAUGCUGUGCAAUUCUGGCCUCAGUUCUCAGCUCAGCCUCCUCAAUUCUGAGUGAGUUGAACCUGAGUAGCAAUAAACUGCAGGAUUCAGGAGUGAAGCUGAUCUGUGCUGGACUGGAGAAUCCACACUGUAAACUGAAGACACUGAGGCUGAAAUAUUGCAGCAUUACAGAGGAAGGCUGUGCUGAUCUGUUUCAUGCUCUGAAAUCAAAUUCUUCAUCGCAACUAAGAGAGCUGAAUCUGAGCCUGAAUAAACCAGGAGAGUCAGGAGUGAAGCUGCUCUCUGUUCUAGUGGAGAAUCCACACUAUAAACUGGCAAAACUAGACAUCUGAAAACCACAUGCACACUCUAAGGAUAAUAAGGAGAGGACAACACUGUAUAGAACACACAGACAGUAUCUGAUUCUGCAGGGUAACCUGUUUGGGUCCUUAUUGGUCAAAUUUGUCAACACAACUGCAGCACAGGUCUUUGUGAUCUAACUAUGAUGUCUCUUGCUGUACACCAGUACCUGCAUCUCCAGCAACUUAUGAGCUAGUGCAACCCCAUGUUCUAGAGAGGUCCCACAUUGGUGUGUAGUAGAAAAAAUCUAAAAUCAAUGUAAAUGUUGAUAGAAUUUAAUAAACACUAACUCUAGAGGUCUGCACUGUAGCAUUGAGGCUGGAAAAGCAAUGCAAUUCAUCACGUGCUGGUCACAGUCUCUAACAUAAACAUGCACCCAGCAGACCUGAGACUGCAUUGUUUUGUCAGUACAAAGAACCUUAUGAAGAACAGACAAUUGUACUAAACUUUUUAAGUUCUUGUUCUCUAAUAGCCAUUAGAAUAUAGGUUUAGUCUAGCAGAAACAGAGUCGAUCUCAUAAUGAGAAUACACAUCUGGAUACAACUUGUUGAUUUUGUUAGUGGAUGGAAGUAAACAGGCAAAUGCACAGACUCCUCUAUGGGAGUUUAAGCCCCUGCCCCUUUUGCUUCAGGCUCUAACGGUGCCCUCUUGAUUGUACACACUGUUGUUCAGCCAAUACAUGACGAACAAAUGAACAAAUGAGGAAGGUGACAAGUAGAGGUUGUAGUAAAUACUUAAUUAUAAAUAUUUAUUAAAUAUCUUUAGAUCAAGCUAUUGUAUGAACUGUGUCAAGCUGUCAUGUAACAGCAUGCCAAUGCCCAGGAAGGAUCUGACCAAUGCACUCAAACACCUCCCAUCUGAAAGGAGAACCAAUAUGCCUUGAGGACCAUAUGUGACAGGGACUGGGUCUAAUUUCGGUCACCAACUUCUGAGUUGGAACUUUGGCUCCAGCCUUUCUACUGAUCCCAUUUUGAAUUCAGUCUGAUUCUUACUCUGUAGAAGAUGAGAUUAUGCAUUUCAACUUCUGGACUUAAAGUGUGCACUGGGUUUACUUCCACAGUCUGUUAUGAACAUGAUUAUAAAGCUUUUCUCUGCUUUUCUCACCAAUGUUGAUUUGUCUGAAAUACUGUAGAUAAGGUUGUUUCUAUUGUAUUUCAUGUUCCAUUGUGUGCUAACUAGUACUACUCUUGGAUUUAUUCAGAUCCUUUAAUACUACCGCCCUGUUUGACUUUACCUUUAGGUACGUGUGUUAUAUUUCUCAGAUUAUCUUGUUCCUUUGGUGUUUUUCUUUUUCUAUAUACAUCCUGCAUUACUCUGGGCUUUUUUACCAAUUGCUUUAUCAUUUUUUGUUAUUAUUAAAAUUAUAAUUAAAAUGUGCAUGUUUUACCCACCCUGCGAUG